GUAGCAGCAUUGACGCGCGCGCGCGCAGCAUACCCGCACACGCACUCUCAUAACAGUAAAACGAAAGCUUACUCUUGAGAUCUAAUCUGUAUCUCUCUCUGCAUCAGUCACUCUCUUCUCCAGCCACUCUCAUUCGUCUGGCGACUCUAGGGUUCCUGCGUACGAGUGCAUUCCUUUCCUUCCCCGUAUCUGAUUCUCAAGAUUCGAAUCGGAUCUAACCUUGAUCUCUGCAUUCGUCUUUUGCUCUGUGUGAGGGUCAUUCAAGGUGGUCCAUAUCUGGAUACCAUAGAUCAUGCAAGAAUUUAUGGGGUGCUAUCUUUUGGUAUUGGCACAUUAAUAAAUUCAGUUAAAAGUUCAAUACUUUCUAGUCAAUUUGACGGCAAUAGUUUAAGUGGAUUUUGGUCACUGAUUUGAGCCAGAUAUGACAUCUGCACUUUGAUGUGCUACACUGAAGCAGGAGUAAAGAUCUGUACUUGAAAAAAUUCAAACAUAAAUGAUGAGGGGAAGAUCUGAUGGAGCCCAAAAGAAGCACUUGCACUUGGUCUCUUCUGUGUGUAUUUUGACAUUAUUUCUUGGUUUUCUAUAUGUGUAUUAUGGGUCCAUCUUCAGCUCUCAAAACCGCAGUGCAUCAGCACUAGAGUAUGGCAGCAGAUCUUUGAGAAGACUUGGGUUUGGUGGAGAUGAUGAUACUGAUCUUGCCAGCAAGCAUGAUGAGUCCUCAACCAAGUUUGGGCAGGAAGAGGGUGAGGAUGAUGUCAUAGUUAAGAGUUUUCCGGUAUGCGAUAUUCGGCAUUCAGAAUUAAUUCCCUGCCUAGAUAGAAAUCUUAUAUACCAAAUGAGAUUGAAACUGGACCUUUCUUUGAUGGAACACUAUGAAAGACACUGUCCCCUUCCUGAAAGGCGGUACAAUUGUUUGACCCCUCCGCCUCCAGGGUACAAGAUUCCAAUCAAGUGGCCAAGAAGUAGAGAUGAAGUAUGGAAAGCAAACAUACCUCACACUCACCUUGCACAUGAGAAAUCUGAUCAGAACUGGAUGGUUGUAAAAGGUGAAAAGAUAGUAUUUCCAGGAGGCGGCACUCACUUCCAUUAUGGAGCUGAUAAAUAUAUUGCUUCACUUGCAAAUAUGCUUAAUUUUUCAAAUAAUAUUCUGAACAAUGAGGGAAGGAUUCGGACAGUUCUUGAUGUUGGCUGUGGUGUUGCAAGUUUUGGAGCUUAUCUUCUUUCAUCUGAUAUUAUAACAAUGUCCUUGGCACCCAAUGAUGUGCAUCAAAACCAGAUUCAAUUUGCUCUAGAGAGAGGAAUUCCUGCAUAUCUUGGUGUUUUAGGAACAAAGCGGCUCCCUUACCCAAGCAGAUCUUUUGAGCUUGCUCACUGUUCUCGUUGUAGAAUUGAUUGGCUCCAAAGGGAUGGGAUCCUUCUUCUCGAGUUAGAUAGGUUGCUUAGACCUGGAGGCUAUUUUGCCUACUCAUCACCUGAAGCAUAUGCACAAGACGAAGAGGAUCUCAGAAUAUGGAGAGAGAUGAGUGACCUUGUGGGACGCAUGUGUUGGAAAAUAGCCAUGAAGAGGAAUCAGACCGUCAUUUGGCAAAAGCCUCUUACAAAUGAAUGUUACUUGGAAAGAGAGCCUGGAACCCAGCCUCCUCUCUGCCGAUCUGACGAUGAUCCAGAUGUGGUGUGGGAUGUGCCAAUGGAAGCUUGCAUUACUCCUUACUCUGAUCAUGACCAGAGGGUCAAGGGAAGUGGAUUGGCCCCUUGGCCAGCUAGAUUAAGUGCAGCACCUCCUCGACUUGCUGAUUUUGGCUAUUCAAGUGAAACUUUUGAAAAAGAUACGGAAAUGUGGCGACAGCAGGUUGACAGCUACUGGAAUCUCUUGAGCCCUAAGAUUGCAUCAGACACCUUAAGGAAUGUGAUGGACAUGAAGGCUAAUUUGGGUUCAUUUGCAGCUGCUUUGAAGGGCAAGGAUGUCUGGGUGAUGAAUGUUGUCCCAGAAGAUAGACCCAACACCCUCAAGCUCAUAUAUGACAGAGGCCUGAUAGGCACUGUUCACAACUGGUGUGAAGCCUUCUCAACCUACCCACGAACUUAUGACCUGCUUCACGCUUGGACCAUUUUUUCUGACAUUGAGAAGAAAGCCUGUAGUGUUGAGGACCUGCUGAUUGAGAUGGAUCGGGUCCUCAGGCCUACUGGAUUCAUUAUUAUUAGGGACAAACAACCUGUUGUAGAAUUUGUAAAGAAAUAUUUAUCAGCACUGCACUGGGAAGCAGUUGCAACAGCUGAUUCUAGUUCCGAUUCAGAUCAGGAUGGUGAUGACUCUGUGCUUGUUAUCCAAAAGAAGAUGUGGCUAACAACCGAAAGCCUUAAGGCUAAGGGAUUCUGAGUAAGGCAACUCAUUUUCUGUUUCCCUAUGAUUUCUAUCCUGUUUCCAUGGAUCAAGAAGUAUCCCCAUAUAUUUGUUGGGAUACUCAGUAUAAUUUUGUAGCAUCAAGUGAUUUUCAUUAUUUUUUAAAGCCCCUAUCCUGUUUUGAAUCUGUCGAUAAGUCUCACUACCAGAAUCCAUAAGAAGCCAUUCUUGUCCUUUCCCCACCUUUAUUUGGCCUCACCACGGUAAUUCCAACUACGAAGGAUUCAUAAGCAGCAUAUAGAAGAUAUGCUCUGCUGAAGUGCGCAAGGAAACUGAUUUUUUUCUUCUUGAUCCUGAUUUGGUUACCACUUCAUGCAUUUCACUGCUUAAUUUUCUUCUGAGAUCAAGUUGGGUCCUCGAAAAAUUUGGUAGGGCUGCCAAACUUGAGAAUGUGUUCGCUCAUGUUGGCAUGGUUAAACGGAUUUUGGUUGUGGAACAUUUGGUCUUGUGCUCUUGCAGUUGUUCAGUCUCUUCUUUAUUGCGUCUCUAGUCCCUAGUAUAAGUGUACUGAUUACUGUUGUAAUAAGCUGUAUUAAACGUUUCUUUGCAAAUCCAAACAUUCUUAUCUCAUGGAAAUUCGUAGCAUAUUAUUGCAAAAA